GGAAUCCUUCGUGUUCGCAGCUCAGGAAGUGAAAUCUGUUUCCCUUCGAAGCCAUGUGUUUCCGCGAGUCGACCGGAAACCGAAAAUUUUGCUAAUUUCUACACAGAAACGACGCUGUUGUAAACAUCAGAAAUACGCACAAUAUUGGGGCUUCUUUUUGACAAAAGUUGGAGCAAGAAUUAAGGUACGAUCGACAUUUAUACGUCUAUUUUAAUCGAGUGUAAUUUGACUUCCUUUUCAGCGAUGUGGAACGCUCGUUCGUGUUCCGUUUCUUACAUUGGCAACUUUGCGCGGGAACUACGCUUAUUUACCUCGCACGAAUUAGGUUAUUCAAGGCACCUUUUAUGCUUGUCUUCGAACAUUCGAAUUGGAUCGAUUUUUUGGCUUUAUUCAAUGUAUUUGAAGAUGAAUAAUCUGAUAUUCGCUUCGUAAAGCACAGUUCUGAAUUCAGCUAAUAAAAUAUGGCGCGAAUCUCUGCGUGAAUUUGAUUCUAGUAUUAUUAAAAAGUAGCCAAAAUGCGAUAUGCUAUAGUACUAUAGGCCGGGUUUUUAUAGAAAUACUUGAGAAAUACUUGCUACGAGAAAGCUGCUCGUUUCAUAAGCAUUCUGAUAUAUAUGAAAUCGGCUGUUUGCUGUUGUUUUGUGUGUGAAAGAGCCCCUUUGUUUUUACGAACGUCAGCUUGGCAACAACAGAAUUCGCCUUCUGUAUGCUAAAUGGAGCAUUUGUUCACGCGAAUUUCGGUUCUUAAGGGGAUGGAAUUAUGUGUAGUUCAGGUGUGUUUUAGCGUUUUACAGUGUAUUUGUGUUUUUAUCGCCGUAAAUUUCAACUUACAAGGAAAAUAUUUUCUUCCGAAAUUGAACAUAUUUUUGACUUCCGGAGCUGACAAUAUGUAGCCAAAAUAUUUCUGCACUUGCAUUCUGUGUUCGAUUUUGGCUUGAUUUACACUUGUUUCUAACGUUGUGUUUCGUUUCCAGUAAAGGAUCUAGGCUUUUGCUUUGACAGAUCUGUUUAAACGUAUUAAAAUCAUAAAAUAUCAAACAGAAGUCCUUAAAUAUAUGUACUGUAAUUAUAUAUUAACGUGAAUAAAAUUUCCUUAAAUAUUGGACCCUAUAUAUACCUUCCUGAGAUGUUCUUAGAAAUGUAACGGGGCUGACAUAUGAUCUAUGUUGGGGUGCAAUUUUGGGCUGGCUGUUUUUUUUUAUAUAUUUUUGGUUGUAUUCAGCUAAGAUCCUGGAGGAAACUCAGUAUUGUUUAAAUUUAGAAUUGCUAGACAAGCAUUGUGAAUGUCAACCCCGGCAAUGGCAUCAUUGGUAGAUCUUGGCAAGCGUCUUCUCGAAGCAUCCAAGAAAGGUCAGGCUGACGAAGUGAGCAUGCUCAUGACGUCAGGAGCUCCUUUCACAACAGAUUGGGUAGGAACGAUACCAUUAGGCCAAAUAAAAAAAAACUUGGUUAGCGUCACCGCCCACCUCUCAAUUUCUGCCGCCUCUGAAUUUUUUUUAUGGAAAUCUCUUCGUUUUACAGCUUAAAACAGUUUAAUAUUUGAAAUUUUUCUCAUACUCAGACCUUUGCACUAUAUACUGAUCGAUAAGAGCGUGUGGGCUUGGAGCCUUGAGUACAAGGUUUGUAUAUCAUAAUAGCGGCCUUCGCAACAUCAGUACAAAAAUAUCGAUAUGGUGGAAAAACCGCCCCCAAAAAAUACUAUUAAAAAUUUUAAAAAAGAGCAAAAAGUUGCUCUCCCGCCUCUGAAAAUUUGUGAGAGUGUGAUGCUAACCAAGUUUUUUUUUUAUUUGGCCUUCAUGUUCAUGUUUAGCUGGCCAUGCAUGUCAUCAAUCAACAAUGGGUCAUUCCAGAAAACAUCCAUACCUUCCCCAGUGAGGAAUUUGGAAUAUAAUACACUUACUAUUAUCAGAAAGAAAUUUUUCUCCCCUCUCCCUCUGGAUGGCAGAAAUUUCCUCCAUGUGGGGAGUGUGGAUCUUUUCUGGAAUGAUCCAAUGUGUCAGAUGUUUUACAGUGUAAUUUUAUGUGCUGUACUCUGUUGUUUUACUCUGUUUAACUCGUUAAGUUGCAUUGCGACCCUUUUUUACUCUAUCUCACUCCAGAUGAUUUUACUCAUCAAUGGCUCUCAAGAGUGCUGGUGCUCAAUGGGUUAAUGCAGAUGCAAUGAUUGUCCUUAGGCGUAAAAAAAAAUACCUGUGGUUCCAGUUUCAUAUUGCAAAAAAAGUUAGGGUCGGUAGGUCGGAAAUAAAUUUUUUUUGAAUAUUUUUUCAUGGUUUUUUCAAUAAUUAGUGUGACAACAGACGCCAUUUUGGCAGUAGCCCGCAACCACUCGGAGAAAAUAGGGUUGCACGGUCAAUCGCGUUGAAAAAAUAAUAGGGUUGGCAGAAAAAAUAGGGUCGGCAGAAAAAAUAGGGUCGGUCGGGAACCGGAACCACAGGUAUUUUUUUUACGCCUUAUUGGAGGCAAAGUGUUGCAAAUUACUGAUAAAUGCUUAACACCCCCUAACAGUUUUUGUAAGACCCGUCUUUAUUGGUGUUUUUAGCUUGGUACAUCUCCACUUCAUCUUGCUGCUCAGUAUGGUCACACAACAACAGCUGAAGUAUUGCUCAGAGCUGGAGUGAGCCGAGAUGCAAGAACAAAGGUACAGUAUUACAUAACCUGAAGUUCAGGCCCUAAUUUGAAAUAGGGCCUGACACAAAACCUGUCUAGACCGUGGGACGCCCACAUGUUAUUUUUAGACACACAUGCAAUAUGAUUGACAAGUGUUGUAGAUUUCGUCAUAUGAUUUCGUUACACAAAAAAAUUAUAUUCUCAUGAACAUGUCCGCAGAGCAUUUUGCUUUUUAAUUAAACUUAAAAAUUCAAGGUACUUUUAUAUAAUUAAGAGUCAGUUUCUCUAUUUAACCGAACAGGCGAACAGCAAACAAAGAUUUAAUUAUAAGUCAGUUCUGUGCACGGCUUGACUGCCAAGCUUUCUCAAGGUCUCAAACUUGCUGGACGCGGAUAUACUCUAACGACUAACGGGCUAAUAACAGCAACAAUUAAAUUUUCAAUCAUACCACGAAGAAGGCGAUGUAGCUCAGAAAACAACGCCGGUAGGACCUGAUAUUAGAAAUAAGACUUUUGCCGGCGAAGCAAUUUGGCAGAACUUCUUGGCUGUCAACAACAAGCUUUCGAAUACAUGACUAGUUUGGCUGUUCUUUCAGCGUCGUGUGUCCAAAAUUCGUCAAAGAUUUUGAUGAAGCCCUUUGAAAAUACUGUUUGUUUGAUUUGUUUUCUGCCAUAAAGCAUAAAAGAAAAGAAAUUCGAAGAAAUCGAUAAUGGAAUUUGUUACGUGCGUUUGACCUUUAUAUUAAUUCUCGCCUUGACCGAGCUAUUUUUAAAACUGUUGUUUAUGUGAACUUGCAACCAAUCAAAAUCCUUCAUGAUGCUGAUCAACCAAUCAGAUUUCCCGUCCACCAGGUGGACGGGAAUCCCACACUUUAGAUAGGUUUUGUGUCAGGCCCUAUUCUGUGAUAGGGCCUGAACUUCAGGUUAAGUAUUACAGCAAGCUCGGAUUUUGGUGGAAAUAGUGGGGGAGGUGGAAAAAAAAUUGGGGGAGGUGCAACGGUCUAGCUCACGACCCCCACAGAAAGUUAGGGCUUAGAACGGGCCAAAGUCAACGAUAUGACGUAUAUAUGUAGUGUACAUAUGUAUCAGUGUAUUACAGUGAAAGUACAAAAAGUGUCCCACGUCCACUUCUGUAGUUUGUUGUGAUUUACUGUAAUUUGUUCUGUUUUUCUGUAGCGAUUACCGAUUUAUCGGCAAAUACCGCGAUAAAACUUAGUUUUCUCUACUUUUUAAAUAUGAUAAUGUGUAGCAAAGGGAAAUAAUACAUUUUUCGUUAGUUUCAUUGCAUAAAAGGUACGCCGAUAAAUCGGUAAUCGCUACAGAAAGACAGAACAAAUUACAGUAAAUCACAACAAACUACAGAAGCGGAAGUGGGACACUUUUUGUAUUUUCACUGUAAUGAAUGAUGACUGUACAACUCAUCCAAUUUUGCCCUUGAUUACAAUUACUACAAAGUUUCUUUCAAAACUUUGCAUUCAAGUGGGUACUUGACACAGAGAUGAAUCUAUCACUGUUUCAAUUUUACAGAAAAACAUUCGUACGAAGUGUAGACCCUAACCAACCAAAUUUUCACUUUGAUCUAUCAUUGAAACUUUCCCAAGGGGAGGUGCAUGACUUUUCAGGGAGGUGCAAAAAUUCUCAGGGGAAGUGCAGAACGAUCUCAGGGGAGGUGCACACCUCCCCACACCUCCCCUCAAAAUCCGGCCAUGGUAUUACAGUUGUAUCUGAGAUGAGCUGACUUAAUAAAAUUAUGUCUUGCACAUAGUUUUGCUUUGCUUCUUGUUUUUAUUUAUUAUCAUUCAUAACCAUGUCUUGAAAUGUGUAAUUUGUUUCAGGUUGACAGAACUCCUAUUCAUUUAGCAGCACAACAUGGUCAUAUUGAUAUUGUUGACUUACUCAUUGCUGGUGGAGCAAGUGUCAACCAUACUGAUAUGGUAAUUAUAUAAUACUAUAUAUAAUUAUAUAUUUGUCAUUUGUUAAUUAAUGUAAUAAACACAUUUAAAAAAAGUCUAUAAUACUUGAUUUAUGAAAAACUUAAUCCCACCAAUGGUGCCAUUAAGUUUUAGAUAAAUCUAGCAGUGGGUUACAAAAGCUUAAUGUUUAUCUAGUUUCAGCAUACCUGUAUGUUUUAACUAAUUUCUAACAGGUGUUGUUUGGUGUGCAAUAUAUGUAUAGAUGUGCACUCCUUACGAUCUCUGGUGCACACACACACACACACAAAAUAUUUACUAACUACCUCUUGACCUUCAGGAACUUUUUAUGAAAGCUGCUCUGGUAACCAAUGGUACAGCUAUACAGCUAGUAGUAGCGUAAGGCGGUUUCUACAAAAAUCUGGAAAAAACCCAAGUGAACCGGCUUUUUAUAGAAAUAUGUUUGAAAAUCGGAACUACGGUAAAAAAAGACACAACACACUACUUGAUUCAUUUGCAACAAACUCGUAUAAGUAUGGUUCGAUUUUAGUAAAAUACCAAUUUUUCUUUGGGAGGUUUUUCGUUUCCCCCUGGUUUUUUUCGGUUUUUCUCCAAAAGUAACAUCGAGUAUUUCGGUUUUCAAAAACAUCUUUUUUUUCGGUUUACCGAAAAACUGCCUCACCCUAUAUACAGUAGUGGAAUUCUUUCCCAAUUAUUUUACAGUGCAACCCUCAAAUGGAAAGUAUUGGCUGUUAACAAUUGUUAAAAAUAAUUAUUUUUGCAGCUAAAUAUGACUCCACUUCAUUGGGCAUGUGACUCUGGCCACAUCCACAUUGUUAGGCUCUUGCUGAGGAAUGGAGCAAAAAUGGACACAGAAAGCAAGGUACGAGAUUAAUUUCUUACUAACAUAAGUAGUUCAUGUUAAUAUAUGUGUGUUGAUGUACAGUACCAGUAAUCUAGGUGUAAAAUGUUUUAUUUUUAUUUAGUUCAAACACACGCCUAUAGACAUAGCGAGACUGAAAGGAUUUCCUGAUAUUGUCGAAGUUUUAAUUGAAGAAGAGGUAUAAAACGUUUUCGAUUAUACAA